UCAUGACAGUGACGUACGGCAUCCAGAUCGCGGUGCCCUUACACGAUCCGAUUGCCUACAUAAACACCCCCGAUCGCCGCCGCAGCCUCCCGAUCGCUUCGUCUCCGUAGCGACGGCGCGGCGCUGCCAGUGCCGCCACCAUGAGAAGAGGGAGGAAACUACUCUUCAUCCUUGUCUCUCUCGUCUACUACGGAAUCCCAUCGUUUCUUACGGUGGAACACUGCGCCGCCGCCGUCGUCCCCGCUACCUCGGACUCGGAUGCCAAGACGGGCAAGCAGCAGCUAGCCAACAAGGACGAUGACCUAGUCGUGGCGUCAAGAUCCACCUCAAAGGACAAAGAGAUCUACAUUGCUACCACUGCGGCGCCGGAAGCGCCGCCGCAAGACUACAAGGGGAAGGAAGUCAUUACGGCGCAAAAGCCGAAGCGUCGCCGCAAGAGAGGGAAGAAACACAGAAUCAAGUCUGUGACGGAAAUCCCUUCUACAACCCAUGAAGAGGCUGGAACAUCCUCUACGAAAUGGUCUGAUUGUGUUACGAAGAAUGCUGAUGAAACAAUUGCUGGUCAAUUCUACAAAUUUCUUGAAGAGUUAAUCGAGACCGGAGAGCUCAAGCGUUUUUAUGAGGAGCAAAUAAAAAGCAUGAAGGAAAGAAAUGCAUUCGUGAUGGACAUAUUCUACAGGCAUUUGGAAAAAACGAAUCUCAGACUAGCUAUGACAUUGUGUAACAAUUACCGCAGGCUUGAGUCUCGUUUGAAAGAUGUGGUUGGGAAGUUUAUUAAGGUGAUUGUACCUUGUGUACAGGAUUCUUUAUGCCAGCCUUUAAUGUUGAUGUUUCAUGAAAUGCCAAGAAGGCACCAAAGAUUGAUUGAUAUACUGAAUGACAGCAUAUUCAUAGAGCCUGAAGAAGUAUAUGGCUGUAAGGAUCAAGUUUUUAAGCUAACGAAAGUUGGUUCUCGAUUGUGGAGGGCUGGAUUUUCUUAUAUUCUCAGUGCUCAUUUGGCUGGCAAGAGCUGGUUUGGAAAGUUUAAUCUUAACGAUAUCGAGGUGAAGAAUGGUGAUGGAUUUGUCAUUAGAAUCAAACCUUUGGAGCAUACACCCGAAGGGGCAUUGCUGGACCUUCAGCACUUCUUCAGGGAGAUGAUCCCUCAUUUCAGCAAGGAAGGAGUUAUGCCACCUUACUUUGAACAACUCAAAAAAUUCCUACUAGUAACGAUCUCCAACUCCAAGAACGUGCUGGAAAAACCUUCAACCAUGAAACGGUUUCGGAAGUACCUUUUAAAUCAUUUGGCAUUAGCUGCACCUUUGAGACGUGCACAUCUGAUUGGUGACAUUCAUAGGUGUUGCAAAAUGAUGGAUGAUGAUGAUGACAAACCUAGGGAUAUGCCAUUUAAGAAUUUGUUGCACAGAUUCUCAAAUAGUAACUGGCAGAAAGUUGUUAGAAGAGAUGUUGAGCUAAACAAAGUCUACACUUUCAAGCCUAAACACCUUAGAGUGCAACAUUCAACACAACAAUCCAGCAGUUCUAGUAAGCAGACCUCAAAGCAAAAAGUUAGCACCUAUAAUGUACAGAAUGCUUCAGAAAAAUUGUUGUUCAAUGAGGUAGUAUUUGAUGACACACUUGAAUCAAUGGCAAUGUUCUUAAGACACUAUUUUGAGCACGCUCUUGAUAAUUCCAAGAAGAAGCCUCCCAGGCCUGCUAAGUUACUGAACUGCAACGGGGAGGAUUGCUCAACCACAGGUGAUGAGAUAAAGGGAGUUCAGCAAGCCAGAAAACUUGAUGAGUAUGAGCUGCUAACUGCGAUCCGCCUCGGAACUGAAAUAGCAGAAAUGAUUUGGUAUUUAAUGUUGUAUACCGGUUUCGGAGGAAUUUUAGAGUGUGUAUGGGAAGCAUACAUGUACAUGAAUGAUGUGGGCGAUUUUGAUUAAUAAACGCAAGCAACCAUCCACUGCAAUUUCCUGAGGGACAAAAACGGUGAGACGAGAGGAGGCUGUUAGCCAUGGUGUGGAGAACACUAAAAUUAAACAAUUGGCAGGUGUCGUGCAAGGAUGUGCAAGAAGCUCCGAAGCAUAGCAAAUGGUUCAGAUGGGAUAACCAGGAGAAUGGUCGUCGAUAGUUUCAGGUUUCCGGUGGAGCAGACAGAUUGAACCAUGACACUAAGUUUGGCGGUGCCAAAAUGUAACCCAUCAGAUUUGGUAGCUUUGAACCUAGAGUCAGAAUGAUGUCAAUCUCCCCGGAGGACGAGGGUUCAGGGUUUCUGAUGUGUCAGAGAUGGUGAGGAAGGUUUUGCAAUUUGCAUGACUGUCGAAUGAGGUGGUUAGGAGCCUGAGCUUUCGAGAGGAUUUGAGUUAGUUUUGUUGGGCAUGUCCCGAAUACGCUUUGCUGAACUCUGUAAUACUUUGAACUGCGUUUUGUUUAAAAAAGAAACCAGGUAUUAGAUGUGUAUGAUCA